UUUGUUGAUCGGCGAGGGUGGGUCUAUGGGUUGAACCCCGGGAAAAAGACCCACGUGGCUCUCUAGAAGCGGUUUUGUGUUGGUGGGAGGAUCUUUCCCAGUGGAUCUCGGUUAAUAAUCCAGGCCCGGCUCAUCAUGGCAUCGUCAAAGAGAGGCGAAGGCGAGGAAAAGUACUGCAGCAGCUGGGAGGAGGAGGAGGAUUUGAAAGGCUGGCUUCAGCCGGUGGCAGGAGAUGAGGGCAAGGCGGCCUGCAGGUUCUGCGAAUGUGAGAUGCGUGCGGACUGUGCGGACCUUUGGCAGCAUGCAGCCACCCCUGAGCAUCAAAAACGUGCAACCCCAGGCUCUUCUGUACCCCUCGCUGAUGAGGGGCUUUGUGUUUCUAAGUGCUCUGGUACUGCAUCCACCAUGUUCAGGAGGACAGAGGCAUUACACUCCUCAGCUGGGGCACCAAAGACGAAAGAGGACAAAACAGAUGAGGGGAUGGUUGGUAACGGACUUGGGAACUCAGCUGUGGCCUUCCGGUUCAGCGCAGAGCCCACCUUGGAAGACAUACGAAGCCUCCAAUCUGCCUUCACAGCCGAGCGGGGCUGGGGGAAGUACCACCAGCCUCGGAACCUGCUCCUCGCCCUGGUCGGGGAGGUCGGGGAGUUGGCGGAGCUCUUCCAAUGGCGGGAAGACGCCCCCGAAGGCCUGCCGGGAUGGACGGCGUCAGAGCGCGACGCCCUCUCGGAUGAGCUCAGCGAUGUCCUCAUCUACCUGGUGGCACUGGCGGACAAAUGCCGUGUGGACCUCCCCUCCGCGGCCCGCCGUAAAAUAGAGAAGAACCGCCUCAAGUACCCGGCUGAUCAAGUCUUUGGGUCCUCCAAGAAAUACACGGAGUAUCAGAAAUAAAAGCAGCCGCUGCCUCUUCCUCAGAGCCAGGAGCAGUGAGGAACUUACCGGUGGCUUUCCGAGGCUCCCUUCCUCUAGCCCCGAGUUGCAAGGAUCCAAAUGAUGCAGGGAUUUAAGACCUCAUCCGGACUAACAGCCCAAAGCAGGAACCUACUUCGUUUUAGCCUCUUGAGCUUUGAUUCAAAGGUCGUAGCGUGUGCGCGUUGCGGGCGAUAUUGUCGCUGUCAGUUCAGGGGUGGGCGACUUGUGGUCCUCCAGACAUUUUUGAGCUUCAAAUCCCAUUAGCCCUAGCCAAUGGUGGAAUGAUGGGAGUUGUAGUCCAACAACAUCUGGGGGGGGCACAAGUUUCCUCCCCCUGUGUGGCUUCCUCACCCUCUUAUUCUUGUGAAGCGGGGAUGGACAACCUGCAUCCCUGCCAUCA